GUAUUGUAUCCACAGCCACAAACGCGUCACGAAAGCAGACAGACCAGAUCGUCCCUAGCUGCAGCCAUAUCCAUCCAUCGGUUGGCCUCAGUCAGUCGGAGUGCCUCUCCCCCACUCCCUCAAGCGAAGAGGAGGUGGACUGCGGGGCCAAAGAGUCGACGACACUGCCGUGCUCAUCUCCUCCUGCUGCUGGGGGGCCGGGGGCCGACGAUGGUGGCGGGACUGAGGUGGGCUGGCCGGCGUGGGAGAUGGUCUUGUAGAUGCCCAUCGCCUGGGCGACCUGACACACGCACACCACACACGCGAGACAGACAGACAGACAGACAGGGAUGGAUGGAUCCAUGUGUAGGGAGCUGCGUGUCAGUGAGGGAAAGAAGGUACCAUCGAUGCGGGGUCUGAGGCGUUGGCGGGGAUGAUCAUAGUGGAGCCCUCCUUGGCUAUCCGACUAAAGGCAGCCACGUACUGCACAUACGCACACACAGACACACACACACACGCACAUGUCUGCCUUCUGUGAGUGGGGUGUGUGUGCCUGCCUGUUCUGCGAUCCUGAGUGCGACUGCGUCCCGUCCGCCCGACUGGAGGAUGGCCUUGGAGAGCUGGUUGAUGCCGUCGGCUGUGGCCGUGGCGCGCUGCCUUAUCGCCUCGCCCUCACCCUGAACCACACACACACACACACAGCAUCUGUGGGGGGGCAGCGUUGCUGGCUGGCGGGCUGGCUGACCUCUGCUUGUAGUAUGACGGAUCUGCUGCGGCCCGUGGCGAUGUUGAUCUCGCUCUCGCGCUCGCCCUCACUCUGCACACAUGACACACACCAUCCAUCCGCUGAUCCAUUGAUCUGUACCAAUUCACCCGCACGCCCACCUGCAGGAUCUCUGCUCGUUUCCUCCUCUCGGCUUCCGCCUGGACGGAAGCGAUCCAGACAGACAGACAGACAUAUGUCGUCUGUCUGUCUGUCGGUCGGUCGGUCUGUCUGUCUGUAUGUCUUUGGGGUCGGUCGGCUCACCUCCAUUUCCAUGGCGUGGCGGACACUUUUCGGGGGCACGAUGUCACCUGGACCCCGCAGGCAAGCGAAUCGACGCCAUGUCAUGCAGCCGCUGCCUGUCUUUGUGUGCGCUGUGUACUGCUUACGGAUUUCGUAUCUCAUGCACUUGAUGCCCCAGGAAGACGCUGCAUCGUUGAUGGCCUGACACACACAGACAGACACACACACACACGCAUAAGGGCUUCAUUCGGUGCCUGAUGGCCCUCCAUCUAGCAGCAUACCUGGACAAUGCCGAGGUUUAGCGAGUCCCUCUCUUGGAAGGUCUUAUCGAGCGUCAGCUUGCCUGCAUCCAUCCAUCCAUCCAUCCAUCCAUCCACACGGCACACACAGGGACGAAUGGACGGCCUUGCUCUUUCCUGCACUGCCCCCACCCACCCAGCUCUGAGCGCAUCGUGGUCUGGGCGAGCUGAGCGAUUCGAUCAACACAUCAACCAACCGAUGAAUGGACGUGAUCGCCUGCUCCCCUGCCCCCGGUCUGCUGUGCCCCUCCUCACCUGUGUGAGCGCAUAGAUGGGGCUCUCGACGCCAUAGGAUGCCUCAUAGGCAUUGACAAUCCUCACGUAAAGCACGCCGUCGAUCUGUAUCGUCACGUUGUCCUUCGUUAUCGCAGUCUGACCACACAACACACCAAACACACACACACACACACACACACGCACACUCUCUCUCUCUCUCUCUCUCUCUGCCUGCCAGUCAGACAGCCUGCCUGGUUGGGAAUGGGUAUGGCCUCCUCCUUGAGGUUGUGUAUGUAAGAUAUCUUGUCGACCAGCGGUAUGAGGAAGUGCAGCCCCGGCUCCAGCACCGUCUUGAACUUGCCGAACCGCUCCACCACCCACGCCGUCUGCUGCGGCACCAGCACGAACCCAAAGUGGUGCACGUCGAUGCGCUGUGAACGCUGCACUGAAGACGCGAAGCUGCGACCGAGUCGGAACGGGAUCAGACCCAUCAGGCUCGUCAUAGCUAAUAGUGAGGGUGGGAGGGAUUGAUGGAUGCCUUGGUUGUUGUCUUGGCAAUUGUCUUGGCCGCCCCUUCGGAAAGACAAACAACUGGAUGUGACAGAUCUCAGAGAUCUCUUCGAGCUGGUGGCCCUGCCGGCUUCCUGCGUGUGUGGGAGGCCUGCACGCGCCCUUUCUCUGCGUGGACAGUCG